UCUGGAGUCUCCGGGAAUUAAAGAGUAAUCUUUAAUUAAAGAUUAUGUCAUGUGAUUAAAUCUCCAGGAAUUCGUCCAACCAAAUUUGGCAACCGCCAGUGGAUGCUUAGGUCAGGGAGGUCUGGAGAGAUUAUUGCUUAGAAUAAUAGAAAUAGAAAUGAGCUAUGCAAUCAUAUGUCCUUUGCUAUUUUGGAGGAAGGUUCUUUUUCUCUUGUCAUAUGAGUCAGUGCAGACAAAUGGAUAUUUUUAGGGACAGAAAAUAUUUUAAAAAGGCAUAAUCUAUAAAAAGAGCAUUUGUUAGCAGCUGUUUGCAGGUUCGGGACCUUAGAUUGCAAAUUCUUCAGGAUGGGGACUGCCUCUUUGUCACACAGCACAAUGGAUCUCUGGUGCAAACCGGGACAUCUGAGUGCGAUUGCACUGUAACUAUUAAAGACUAUGAAUGGAAAAGGAUUUAUAUAUGUGCGAUCCAGGUACUGAAAAAUACCAAGAGGUUGUUUGCACACACUCAAGGUGUUAAGGCUGGGCCACUACUAUUAAAGAUGCUAAACAGUGGACAUACAGUACUACAAAGAUAUUUGCAGAAGCUGAUCCCUAUGGCAGCCAGGGGACUGUUGCACACGAAAAACUCAAGUCUUUACAAUAUGAAUUGUUUCUGGCUGAUUAGAUUUUCAACAGAGAUUGUGCUCAGACCUGUGUCUUCUAGGCACUUCUAUCUGAAGACAGAGAGUGCUAAUGCAGACUCAUGCCAGGAGAAUGGCAUUCUAGUAAACAAUCUGGCAUGCAUGGGAGUGGAUGUCAAAAUGGUGAGAAGGCGACAACCUGGAAUUCUGAAGAAGCAGAUCACAAAUGAAGAGGACCUCAAAAGGUUUCUGCAAAGCAAAGGGGCUACUAAUGAAGUCAUUGCCAGCAUCAUCUCACGUUAUCCACGGGCCAUCACGCGUUCCUAUGAGUCUCUCGAAAAACGUUGGGAACUUUGGAGAAGUAUUUUGAUGACUGAUUUGGAAAUUGUAAAUAUUCUGGGACGUUCUCCUGAGUCCUUCUUUCGUUCCAGUAAUAACAUCAAUAUGGAGAAAAAUAUUACAUUUUUCUGUUCUCUUGGGCUAACCUCUAAACACCUUUGCAAUAUGUUGACCAGAGCACCUCGGGUGUUUUCUAACAGAGUGGAGCUGAAUAAGCAGAUGACUGACCUCCUGCAUGAGAUCUGUUUAUCUUUAGGUGGUGAAAACCCAAAUGAUUUUGUGAAGCACAUCAUUUCUAAAAAUGUCUUCAUCCUCCUGCGGAGCAGCAAGCAAGUGAACGCAAACUUUGAGUUCCUGCAAUCAUCUUUCCAUCUGAGCAAUGAGGAAUUACUAGCUCUGCUACAUGGUGGUGGAGCUGACAUUUUGGACUUAUCUAAUGAAUAUAUAAAAAAAAACUUUACAAAUGCUAAAGGGAAGCUGUUAUCUCUUGGGUGCACUGAAAGAGAGGUGGAUAGAUUUUUCAUUAGCUAUCCAAGUGUGCUCUUUCUUUCAUCCAAGAACCUCAGUGAUAAAAUAGAUUGCCUCUUGCAAGCAAAGGUUCACAUUAAACAAAUAGUUGAAAUGUCUCGCAUUCUGGAUAUAAGUAUCAGUACUAUAAGAAGCAAAGUCAAGGAACUGGAAAAAACUAGUUAUGACCUCAGAACCAAUGGAAUUGGCAUCCUUUCUUUAAGUAAAAAGAGAUUUGAAGCUAAAUUGGAAAAAUUACAUAGUGCACAGCGAUUAAUCAAGAGGACAGAAUCCAUUCUGUGAGAAUACAGGGUCAGAUUUUGAAAUUAAAAAACUUGAAAAAGGGUCCUGUUUUGUUAUUCUGAAACUUAUUUCAAAAUCAUUUAUGGUCACUUAGCACUGCUUAUUUAGGAUAAGUAAAUUCUCAGCUAUCACUAGCAGGGUGCUAUAGGGUGACCAGGAGAACCGUUUGGUGUGUUGCUUACCAGUUGUGAUGGUAGUGGAUCACAGAUAUUGAAAAGAGUGAGACUGGUUUAGAGUGUACACCAGUUGGAGGAGAUAAUAGAGGUAUGCAGAAUAAUGAAUGGUACAGAGAAGAUAAGUCAGGUAUACUAUUUGCCCUUUCUUCCAUACAAAAGCAAGGGAUCAUUCAUACCCUCGAUUCUGGAACUGGCUUAGCACAGGCUAACCCAGGGGUAGGCAACCUAUGGCACGUGUGCCGAAGGCGACACACAAGCUGAUUUUCAGUGGCACUCACACUGUAUGGGUCCUGGCCACCAGUCCAGGAGGUUCUGCAUUUUAAUUUAAUUUUAAAUAAAGCUUUUUAAACAUUUUAAAAACCUUAUUUACUUUACAUCUAUAAUAUAUAACUAAACUAUUGACUUAUAGAAAGAGACCUUCUAAAAAUGUUAAAAUGUAUUACUAGCACGCAAAACCUUAAAUUAGAGUGAAUAAAUGAAGACUCGGCACACCACUUCUGAAAGGUUGCCGACCCCUGGUAACCAUUGCAUCCAUUUGAAACCCCAUUGCCCCAUUGCAGGAGCCAGUUGUUGGACUGGGGUAUUCUAUUAUUUCUUUACAUUGCUUCAUCUUAUCACAGAUAAGUAAGAUCUAGGAGCCUGUGUCCUUGAUAAAUACAUUGAAAGGUCUGUUGAUAAGGAUUGGUAUAAAUGUAGUCUUUAUGAUAGAAGCAUGUCUCUGUAAGCCUAUAAAAUCUAAUAAUAUGAAGUGUUGGCUUCAAUCUAACAGGCAUACUUAGAAGGGCAGCUUCCUUUACAACAGUUAGUAAAGGGAUGUGACAUCAAAGUAUUGUCCACAGCCUAAUGACUUGAUGACAGAUGAGUCAUUAAAUGCUACAGAAGUCUCUCAGAUGAGGACAAAUGUACUUGGCAUUUGCAAAUCGUAGAUACUUUAAGGAGGUAGCUCCUAAAUGCAGAAAACUAACGUGACAUUAUUCCUUGAAGCAUAAUAGAAACUGAUUUUGAUCUUAAGAACAGGUAAUUCUGUUUAUUUCAAGUUUAUAAUGACACAUUUUCCCCACCUAAUUACAUGAUCUAAGGAUUU